UUCAUUUUAUUACAAAAAUCAAAAUGAUUUCCUUGCUGUUAGUUGCCUUGGUGGGUGUUGCGUUAAGCAAGAAUGUAGUGUUGUUUGCAGGGGCACUCAAAUCCGAAAAUGAUCCUGUAAACAUGAAGUUAACAAAAUUGCUUGAUGUUAAGAUCGAAAGCAAAUCUGAUUAUUGGAAGAAUGAUUUAAGCAGACUUCUUCAAUCACAAGCUGAGGAAAAUAGUUUAGGAAAAAACGAAGAAUAUGUGCAAGUUCCUCUAAAGCUAUCUUUUGGAAUCGAAAGAACAAACAAUAAAGACUCUGGUGAGGAAGGAAUGGAAAGUAUUUUUCAAACUUGUGGAUCUUUAGUUGGAAGAAAUCAGUUACCAUUCUGCCGCUUUAAUCCCCAUAAGGUCCAAAAACUGAACUCUAAUUCAUAUCCAAGAAGCUGUAGAGAAAUACUGGAGAGUGGUAAAAAUCAGUCUGGAAUAUAUGUGAUUAAACCCAGAACAAGCAGUAAGCCAUAUUCUGUUCUUUGUGAUAUGGAAUCAAGAGGCGGAGGUUGGACUUACAUUCAGAAUAGAUUUGAUGGAUCUCAGGACUUUUAUCUACCGUGGAGGGACUACAAGUUUGGUUUUGGAGAUCUGGAUGGUGAAUUCUGGAUGGGAUUGGAAAACAUUUAUCAUAUGACAGGUUUCGAAACAAAUGAACUUCUAAUUGAAUUAACAGAUAGAGAUAAGAAAACAGCCUAUGCACAAUACAAAUCAUUUGCAAUUGGACCUGAGAAAGAUGGCUAUAAACUAAAUACAAUAACUGGAUUUUCAGGAGAUGCAGGAGACGCUAUAACACCACAUUUAAAUUAUAAGUUCUCUACUUUUGACGUAGAUCAAGAUGGACAUGCUACAGCUAAUUGUGCACAAGUCUACGAGGGAGGAUGGUGGUACACCAGUGGCCACGCCAGCAACCUAAAUGGAAAACAUAUGAACAAACCUCUUUCCGAUGCGUACAAAUUUCACGGACUAAACUGGAAUGGAUUUAGAGGACACGAUUAUAAUUUAGCUGGUUCAAAAAUUAUGAUACGUCCAGUUGCAGAAUAAAUAAUACGUUACUUUACUAAAUUACUUAAUACCAAUAAUUUAUCUUAUAUUAUCCUUAACCAAAUAAAUAUUUUUGUGACGUUUACGA